UACGAAAAAGGAAAACUCAAGCAAGCUAAUUUUAGGAAACGAAAAUAUGUCUAAAUUUAGCGCUCAGGUUUCUUUGCUAUUCAUUGUUGUAGCUUUGGUGUGUGCGUUUGUUCCGGUUUUUUCAGUCGAUGAAGGGGAAGUAAAAACAUUAUGGGAUACUUGUCUUGUGAAAAUCACUCCUAAGUGUGCGUUGAAUAUAAUCGCGGUUGUCUUCGGAAAUGGAACGCUCUCUGAUCUUUGUUGCAGCGAUCUCGUCAAAGAAGGAAAAUUGUGUCACGAUACACUUAUAAAAUAUAUUGCGGACAGACCUAGUUUAAUUGCCCAUGAAACAAAAUAUCUGAAGAAGAGAGAUGAAGUAUGGAAUCAUUGUGUCUCAAUCUCUAAAACUCUUUAA